AGUCAGAGCUCACAGGAAGACAUGCCCUUCAAAGGCACCUGUCUUUCUUGAUUCUGCUUCUUGAGCAAGUCUGGCACUGCCUCGCAGACCUUCCUCAGAGCCACUAUCAGAAAAGCAAGAAAUCCUGUUUGCUCUCCUCCUCAUUCACUUCUUCUGGCUGGAUUCCAACCUGCCUUGGGGAGCCUCUAGAUUUGAAAAUGAAUACCACGGAUGUAGCAGACACUACCAUGGAUGACAGCAUCUACAACAAUUACUAUCUCUAUGUCAAUAUCCCCGAGCCUUGCACCAAAAAAGGCAUCAAAGCCUUUGGGGGAAUCUUCCUGCCCCCGCUCUACUCCUUGGUCUUUCUGUUUGGUCUGCUUGGAAAUUCCAUGGUGGUUCUGGUCCUGUUCAAGUACAAGCGGCUCAGGUCCAUGACUGACGUGUACCUGCUCAAUCUGGCCAUCUCGGACCUGCUCUUCGUGCUCUGCCUCCCUUUCUGGGGCUACUAUGCAGCGGACCAGUGGGUUUUUGGACUAAGUCUCUGCAAGAUUAUUUCCUGGAUGUACCUGGUGGGCUUCUACAGUGGCAUAUUCUUCAUCAUGCUCAUGAGCAUAGACAGAUACCUGGCGAUUGUGCACGCAGUGUUUUCCUUGAGGGCCAGGACCGUGACUUAUGGGGUCAUCACCAGCUUGGUCACGUGGGCAGUGGCCGUCUUUGUCUCCCUGCCAGGGCUUUUAUUCAGCUCUUGUUACACAGAGGAGGGGCGUACCUACUGCAAAACCAAGUACACGCGCAACUCCAUGCGGUGGAAGGUUCUGAGCUCCCUGGAGAUCAACAUUCUAGGGCUGGUGAUCCCCUUAGGAAUCAUGCUUUUCUGCUACUCCAUGAUCAUCAGGACCUUGCAGCACUGUAAAAACGAGAAGAAGAACAAGGCGGUGAAGAUGAUCUUUGCCGUGGUGGUCCUCUUCCUGGGGUUCUGGACACCGUACAACGUGGUGCUCUUCCUGGAGACCCUGGUGGACCUGGAGGUCAUCCAGGACUGCGCCUUUGAAAGACACCUGGACUAUGCCCUUCAGGCCACAGAGACCCUGGCUUUUGUCCACUGCUGCCUUAACCCGGUCAUCUACUUCUUCCUGGGGGAGAAAUUUCGCAAGUACAUCAUCCAGCUCUUCAAAACGUGCAGGGGCUCUUCCGCGCUCUGCCAAUACUGUAGGCUCCUCCAGAUUUACUUCCCUGACCCCUCCAGCUCAUCUUACUCACAGUCCACGGUGGACCACGACCUCCACGAUGCUCUGUAAAAAUUGGGAAUGCCGAAAAUGGAGUUAAUCGGCUUCCCAAAUGAAGAACUUACUUAAAAUUGUGUUAUAGUAAGACUUCCCUGAGCGAGAAAGUGUCAGGGAGAAGAUGUACAUCCGCUGCAGUAAGCCGGGCUUCUCACCCUGCAGUCAGCUUUCCUCCUCUGCACACAGGUUCCCUGCAGCCAGAGCUCACCUGGGCUGAGCUGUCCUUCCCUGCACCAGGCUGGCUGGUGUGAUAAGUAAACCCGAGGGGAACUCGGAGCAGCUUUUCAAAGAAGCUAGGAAUAAUGCUGGAAGGAGAAGACCAUUCGCUUCUAAUCUGACAGAUGGGGUUCUCCUGAGGAAGUAGAAGAGAUAAAUUCUCUCCUUGAGAAUUCGCUACUUCCUGCUGGGAAAAAAAAAAAAAAAAAGGUCUUUUUAAUUCAUUUCUAGCUUUCACGGAACAAUAUAGAAAGCUUUGACAUGCUGUCCCGGGUUUUUUCUAAUAAUAUAUCUGAAGCCAGGUGUAUGCAGAAAGGAAUAGUGAAGUGAUGAACUUAGAUCUGAUCCUUUGAAUGUAAGUGAUUAUUUGUUAAUGAAAGCCAAACUUUUAAUGCUGAUUCCGAGUACAAGUAUACAAAGAUGUUAGUAUGGUCUGAUCUCCAAAUACAAAAUUCAAGGUGUUAAAAAAUCCAAACAUACUUGUGGAAAUUCAAAUACUUUGUUUUAAUUAUGAGAGGUGAAUAUUGAAAAUUGAAAAAGGUCACAUAGUUCCUGAUACAUUUAUUUGCAGUCUUUUGCUUAUUUACAAACAGUGCCUUCCAAAGUGAAAAUAACAAGGAUGACCGAAGCAUGACAAUGCCCCCUUUGUCCCUUUGAAGUGUCCGCCAUCCAGGCAGGUGAGAAUAAUCAGCAAAAACGUUUUCGUUGACGUGACAUAAAAAUGACUCAAAAUGAUGAAAUUGUGAGAAGUGUCAUCCUCUCUUUUAAAACAUUGGCCCCGGUUUUUAACUUUGGCGUGACUCAAAAAUGCAGUCAUUUCCUGUCACUUUAAUCAUGUAAUUCAUCAUUUUACACCAUGAAUAUCGUUCUUACAGCCUUAAUUCACCAGUUAUGUAAAGACUUGAACAAAGUCUGGGCACGCUUGUAAAACAGGGACACUUAUAAGCCCUCCAAAAACAAAAGCCUAUCUUGCAAAAAAGCCUACCUUGCCAUUGACUGAGCAACCCCAUUCAAAACUGCUUCUGUAAAUUUACACAUUAUUGCAUGCUCUACAUUGAAAAAGAAUGCAUUCCCCGAACAUUUAUUUUUAGAAGAGUGAUUUGAAAAGGGUAUGUUGAUGUUGCCUUCACAGAAAAAACAUAAA